UAAUAAUAAUAAUAAUAAUAAUAACAUUAUGAGUGACUCCCGGGGGUCAACGAGUGUGUAGUUGAUAACGCGUUGAUUUGUCCGACACAAUCCCGGAUCAGACGGUCUGAUGGUCCACUCUACCCGUCCGUUCGGCGUCGUUCGUAAUUCGUAAUAGUGCCUCCRUACGAUACGUCGCGCGCGCCUGACUUACCCCAUACCUGGUCAUUACAACUAUACCUACCUAGGUCGUGGAGCGAUUUUCAUUCACRUUCCGGCUCACGUCCGACGACCAAACCGGCGAUGGCGUCCUGUUCGUUUGACGUUUCCGACGGCGUCGGUGGACGCAUCCGUCACGCGGGUCGCCGGUGUCCCGUCUCGUCGGCGUGAUAGUCCUCUCACUCACCUGUGCGUCGCCGAUCGACGUUCGCGGACACGGCACGAUGGAUUGUGCGUCGACGCUGUACUCGCAUCGCAACAACGGGCUGAUGACCAGGUCGCUGGAGAAGCUCUUGGAGGACGCGCAUCUGUGCGGCGAAUUGAAACUCGGUGGGCGCAAGCUAAAGGAAUUCCCGGUGACGAAUAAAUACGAUUUGUCUGACACGACCAUUGCGGAUCUCUCUAAGAAUUGCUUCACACACUUUCCAGCCGAAGUAAUUAAAUUUUGGUCAUUAGAAUCUCUAAACCUGUAUCAUAAUGCUAUACGAUCAAUACCCAACACAGUCACAUCUCUUCAAUCAUUGGUGCAUCUUGAUCUCAGUCAGAACCGUUUAACAUGUCUACCAGCAGCUAUAUGUCAGUUACCUCUUGAAAUCCUAUUAUUGUCCAAUAACAAACUUAGACAAUUACCCACCGAAAUUGGAUUUUGCAAAACUCUUAUCGAGUUAGACGUAAGCUGUAAUGUGCUUAUUAAUUUACCACCACAGUUGGGUCAACUGUCCUCAUUAAAAUGUUUAAAUGCACAAAAUAAUCUACUUAUUGAGUUACCAUUAGAAUUAACAUGUAUAAAAUUAGCAAGAUUGAAUGUCAGUUUGAACCGAAUAGCAUCAUUACCUGUUGAAAUGCGAUUAAUGUCUUGUUUGGAAUGUUUGGAUGUAGCCAAUAACCCUUUGGUUUCCCCUCCAACUGCUGUUUGUAUUAAGGGCCGUAUUCAUAUAUUUAAAUGGUUGGAAUUGAAAAGCAUUAAAGAAGGCCGAAAUCGAGGAUCAUCGUGGAAGUUCAACUCUCUAAAGAGCAAUAAUCAUAGUUUAGACAGUAAUAUGGACAGUCUGACAUUAUCUGAAACAACUAGUCUUGUACAUUCUUCGGAUGAAGGUGCAAAUGGAAGCAUGGAAUAUUUGAACAAAUCUGAUAGAAAACAUAGGGAAACGAACAGAUACAAUAACAAUGCAAGCCCCGAAAUUAUACAUGUCAGUAAAAGCAACGGUAAUAUGUCAACAAAUUCAAACAAAAUAUACUCUAGCAAUAAUAAUGGUGUCAAGUUAAAUGAUAAACAAACACAUCACACACAAAGCUAUAGAGAAUACAAAGAGUUCCUUAAACAACAACGUGCCCAAGAAUCUAUUUAUAAAGGAAAAGUUCCAAACUCCGAAAUUAUUUAUGAUCAAAAGGAUAUCCGCCCAUACACUAAACCAAGUACACCUGACAUUGUAUCAACUCCAGUCAAUAAUUUAUCAUUGCCAAUGCCGUCAAAUCCUAGUAGUCCUAAUGUUUGGUCUAAGAAUAACACACAAACCACUAAAAAUAAGCUUCAGUUUACAAUGAAACGGGAGUACGAUAAAGCAAGAGAAGAGGCAGAACUUGUGAAACAACUACGAAAUACUAUUGAAUCACGUUUAAAAAUGUCUCUACCAAGUGAACUGUCACCGGCACUUAAUGAUGGAGUUGUGCUUUGUUACUUAGCAAACCACGUCAAACCUAGAUCUGUAGCUAGCAUUCAUGUACCUUCACCAGCUGUGCCUAAACUUACUAUGGCUCGAUGUAGACGAAAUGUUGAUAAUUUUUUGGAAGCGUGCCGUAAAAUUGGUGUGAAUGAAAAACUGAUUUGUUGUGCUGUUGAUAUUCUGGAGGGUAAAGGAAUUGUUCAAGUUGCCAUCACCGUGGCUGAACUUUUGAAAUUCCAUACAACRAAAACACAAUCACAAACCGUACAUGUGCCAUCACUUUUAAAUGUAUAAAACCAAAACUAAUGGAAACAAUCUAUAAAUGAAGAAAAUGUGACUGACUGUUAUGCUCAUAAAUGAAAUGCUAAUGUGGCAUUAAGACUGUUUUAAUUCACCUGUUAAGCCUGUGAAAAUCCUCAGAAAUUUCAUUAUGAGGCUAAGUUAAUUUUAUAUAUUUUUUAUAAUCAAAACUAUAUCAAUCAAUUAAAACUCAAGUUUAGUGUAUACUACUUAACAUUUUUUUCCGAGCRUAUAUUUAGUGUUAAUUUAUUUUUGUCAUUUUAUUGAUGACAUAAGUUAUUUAUUUAUUUAUUCUAAACUUCCUAUAGAGCCUGUGUUAACAAAUAAAGUUUCGCCAUUCCUAAAUAAAUUGGCUGUACGUUAUUAUAGUUAAGCUAUUGUUUUUAUUUUGCAUUUUACUUUUAAAUUUUAUUUUACUACAUUAAUUUUUUUCUUAUUUUUUUUU